CCCCAGAAAACCAAAUGAAUUUGACACAUAAAACCAAGGAAAAUUAGAUAAAAUUAAAGACAAUGGUGAAGUUAGCUCUCGUGGUUAUUUUCUUGCUUCUUGCAUCACUUUUUCAACCUCUCACGGCUCAGUCCAGUUGCCCAGGAAACAAAAAGGAGACAUGGCCAGAACUUAUUGGUGUACCAGCUAAGUUUGCAAGGGAAAUAAUUCAGAAGGAAAAUUCAAAACUAACUAAUGUUCCAAGUGUACUGAAUGGUUCUCCAGUGACAAAAGAUUUUAGAUGUGAACGAGUUCGUCUUUUUGUUAAUGUGUUGGACUUUGUUGUACAAAUUCCCCGAGUUGGUUAGGGGGGAAAGGAAAGAAAAUUUAGUGUUUAAGUAUAUUACUAGCCCAAGAAAAUAAAUUGGAGCCGUAUAGUUAAUUCUCCAAUCUCCAUAUGUAAUCAAAAUUGUUUGGUGAUAAAAUAAGUGUGGCUUUUAAUUUUAGUGUUA